GCCGCUCCGACUGGAUUCAUUACGAGGCGCCGCUGACGCACACGCAGAAGGCGCGCGGCCACGACACGCGGCCCUCCCGGUGGCGGAGCAGCGACGGACACCUAGAGCCGACAGCGGCGGUAACGGACGGAGCGCGGGCACAGCGCGUGCACAGCGCGGGCACAGCCGCGCGGACACGCGCACCGUGGACCUCCAUUCGGGUUGUCCGCGCGCUUCCGCACCACUCCACUCGGCGAGCGGUGUCCGCCCUCAGAUCGCCGUUCUGGACGCUCCGUCCGACUCCGAGGAGAAGGGAUAACAGGAACACGCAGGUAGACACACGCGCUCGCGCGGAAGACACAGGAGCGCUCCGUUUCUCCCCGGACCGCUGCAAUCCGACAAUGUGCUGCCAACGGGGGACCUGCCUGGGCUGUAGUCUCCCUCCAGCAGGGAUGAUGCUCUGAAGGGCAUACCCUGGCAUCAUGAAAGGGCUGGGAGCCAGUCGUAGCCGCCACCUGUCUGACUCCUGUGAUCCAUCGUCAGGGCCACCAGAGGCUAUGUAUCCUCUGACCACAGACCCCCGCAGCCCCUACCUCCUAAGCCCCACCAUGGACCAUUACGGUACCAUGGACCCCAACAGCUUUCCCCAACCCAGCCCCAGCUCCCUCCCUCCUGAGUGCAUGCUACCCUUGAACAACCAAAUGUCCAACAGUAGCACCUUCCCCCGCAUCCACUACAACUCUGACUUCUCACCCAGCUCCAUGCCUGGCAUCCCUACAGCAACCCUAGGCACCUCCAUGUCCAUGGGAAUGGGCAUGGGCAUGGGAAUGGGUGUGAGCAUGGGCAUGGGCUUGGGAGCACCCAUCAUCACCAGCGGCUCGGCCACCAUCUCAGCAGGCAGCAAAAUCAACCGGCUGCCGGCCAACCUGCUGGACCAGUUUGAGAAGCAGCUGCCUGUGCAGCGCGAUGGAUUCAGCACAUUGCAGUUCCACCGCAGCGGUGCAUCCAAGCAGCGCAGCGAUAGCCCCGGACGCAUCCGUUACCUGAUGCACUCCGUGCAGAAGCUGUUUGCGAAGUCGCAGUCCCUGGAGAGCUCCGUCAAGGGCAAUGUGAACGGGCGGCCAGGCAACGCAGGGGCCGACAGCAGCAAACAAAACCGCCGCAGCAAGAGCAAAGACAGGGCCAAGACGGAGGGCACCAAACAGCGACCCCGCACCAAUAUAUCGGGUUUCUGGGGGUCCGAGGACAACCUGGACAACGACACUGGCAGCUACCGUACCCCCAUGGCUUUGAUGACACUGGGCCGCCCUGUACCCGACAGCCAGGCAACCCUAAAGUACUUCCCACAGGGCUACAACACCAUCAGUGAGCACACACUGAAGGCCUCCAAGAGCAGCAACGACCUCAAACUGCCGGCCUGCCCACAGCUCUCCAUGCCCACGCAAGGGGAUGGUGCAGGCGAGGACAGCAAGCUCAUCAAGGGGGGCUCCUGGUCCACCUUGAAUCUCAACCAGUCCAAACUGGUGUGCCAGAAAGGCUCGGCCACCAUCGACAAGUCCCUUCUCAAGUCCAAGUCCUGCUACCAGGAGCUGACAUCCCGCUACCUGCAGGCAGGGGAAUGGAACAGCACCGUGGGCCGAAACCGGGGCUCUAGUGAGAUCCCGUGCCGACGCAUGCGGAGUGGCAGCUACGUGAAGGCCAUGGGGGAUUUGGAGGACAGCGAGGACUCCGAGGGCAGCCCCAAACCCUCGCCAAAAAGCGCCGCGCGCAGACAGAGUUACCUGAAGGCCACCCAGCAGUCCCUGAGCGAGCAGCUGCCACCACGCAACUGCCUGCCCUCUUUGAGUGAACUGCCCACCAACCGUUGCCUGAACAACCUGGACUGCAUUAGUGGGCCACCUAGCGCCAUCUUCCCUAACUGGGAUGAAGAAGACUUCACCCUGGGCUGCAACACGCUAAGCAAGAGUGGUUGUGACAGUCAGGUGCAGGAGACAGAGACGAGCGGGACACAAGAGGACACCUGUCCAAACUCACCGCUGCGCCGGACCAGUACUGAAGAGGUGGACGUGCUGGACCUUCCACUGCCCACCUGCUUCCGCUCUCGCUCCCACAGCUACCUGCGUGCCAUCCAGGCUGGCUGCUCGCAGGACGAGGACACAGCCUCCCUGGACUCCGACUCACCCCCUCCCACUGCCACCACUGUACGCACCUACAGCUCCAGCUCCAUCUCCACGUGUAUAACCACCUGCAAGAGGACGCCCCCCCCGGUGCCCCCUCGCAUCGCCUCCAAGCCCUACAUCUCGGUGACUGUGCAGAGCAGCACCGAGUCGGCGCAGGAUAACUACUUGGACAGCCAAGAACGCAAGAAUGAAACGCACUGCCAGCGCAGCAACUCCUCCGACAGUCUAAGCAGCUUGCAGCCUAGCGGUCCGGCCAAGGGCUGCUCUAUCCAGCCUGUCACCGUCCAGCCAGAGCCCCCUGCCCCCAGCAGCCCUCCCAAGGAGCUCCGGCACGAAACGUUGAAGACGCCUACGGACACCCUUGUAGCUGAAGAGCCCCAGGUCGACCCGGUGCCUAAGAGGAAGCUCUCAUCGUCAAUCGGCAUACAGGUGGACUGCAUCCUGCCGACCCAAAAGGAGGAAACGCCCCCCUUGACCAGGUUCCAGUCAAUCGGAGUUCAGGUGGAAGACGGCUGGCAACUCAGCCAGGCCAGCAGCAUGGCAUCCAAACAGGAAAUGGGCUCUGAUGUGCAGGACCUUCCCAAUUCUAAGUCCAUGGAGAAAAGCAUGGUUAACAGCACCAGUCUGCCGCUGGAGGGAGAGUCCACACCGCAAGCCCAGGGUCAUGGUGAGAGCGGAACCAAACGGCAGCUGACCAACCGCACAGCCACACGGAGCAGCUCCUCCUCCUUAGAAACCUUGGACCCAGCGCUGGACCCUUCAUCUCUGCCCCCGCCGGACCCUUGGUUGGAGAGCGGCAGCGGCAAUGGCAACGGAACUGGGCCUAUUGGCCCUCCUCAGACCGGUGGGCUCGCGUGCCGCCGGGACGGUCACUGGUUCCUGAAGCUGCUGCAGGCUGAGACUGCACGUAUGGAGGGAUGGUGUCAGCAGAUGGAGCAGGAGACCAAAGACAACCAGCUCUCUGAGGAGGUGCUGGGGAGGAUCCGUAGUGCAGUGGGCAGUGCGCAGCUCCUCAUGUCCCAGAAGUUCCAGCAGUUCCGAGGGUUGUGUGACCAAAACUUGAAUGUCACCGCUAACCCACGGCCCACUGCUCAGGACCUCGCUGGCUUCUGGGACUUACUCCAGCUCUCCAUUGAGGACAUUAGCAUGAAGUUUGAUGAACUCUACCAGCUCAAGUCCAAUGAUUGGCAGCUGGCAGACUCCACAGACAGGAAGGAGGAAAAGAAGCAGCCACCCCCAGUGCCAAAGAAACCCACCAAGGUCAAGCCGGUGGUGGGCCGUGACAAGGCCGCCGGUGGCGACUCGGACAAGCAGCGGCAGGAGGCCCGCAAAAGGCUGAUGGCAGCCAAGAGGGCUGCAUCGGUGCGGCAAAACUCUGCUACAGAGAGCGCUGAUAGCAUCGAAAUCUACGUCCCCGAGGCACAGACUCGUCUCUGAGUGCGAGACACACACAGGUGCUGGACCCUCGCAGGUGAACCAGCAGACCAGUACGUGUGCCGGUCCUGGCAGCAGAGUGGAUCAUGUGGAGCAUGACUCCAAAGGGAGGGUGCAUGGAGAAAAGCACUCUUUGUACUCAGCUGCCAUGGAAAACCUCAAGACUUUUAUUACUGUUGUUAUUAGUAUUAUUAUUAUUACUGUUCUAAUUGUAACUCUUACAACUCCUCUUGGACUGUUGCACAUGUUCUAGUAUCCUGACAAAGAUGUCCUCAACCACUUGGAUUUACAGCAUCAGCAUCUCCCCCACCUUUGGCCAUUCCCUCUCCUCCUCUCGCUCUUCACUGGUAUACCAGGCCGUACGGUGGGGAGAACACCGAUGGGCGCAUGUCCUCUCCUUCAGUCCGUCUUCCUACUUCCUUCAGCUCGUUACAUGCUGUUGGCCUGACCCUGAGGUCCAUCUCAUGACCUACAGAAACGUGGCCAUGUGGCAGAGGCCUGGCAGAAAUGACAGGCAGGCACACCAGACAGUGGAAGUUAGAUGGGAGUUUGUGGGGAAAUGUCACAACCCCUUUUCAGAUGAGGUCUGAGGAAGGCCUCUGUCCCAAGUGGCUUUUUUUUUUUUU